AUGAAGUUAAAGCUUGGAAUUAGCUAUUCAUCACUGGCUGUUCUCUUCUCUGUAAGUGAUACAUCCGCAUCACGGCAUUUCAAGAGCGUUCUCAAGACGCUCGCUGUGGCAACGAAACAAUGGAUUUUUCGCCCCCCAUCAAGGGUGAUUCAGGCCACAAUGCCAGACAGUUUUAAGCUGCAUUAUCCUGGCUGCACUAUGAUUAUUGAUUGCACAGAAAUACGUACAGAGCAGCCACCAACUGUGCAACAAGAACGAGUCUUGUACUCAAAUUACAAAGGAGCAUAUACGCUGAAGUUCUUAGUGGCUGUAACACCAGGAGGAAUGAUUUGCUUUUGUUCAAAAGCCUAUGGUGGUAGACUGUCUGAUGCCCACAUUACAGUUGAUUCUGGUUUCCUAGAUCUUGUUCAACCUGGUGAUACAGUUCUUGCUGAUAAGGGAUUCCCAGGCAUCCAAACAGUUUUAGGGAGCCAGAAUGCUGUUCUUGUUAUGCCUCCAUUUCUCCAUGCCUCUCAGUUCUCGCCAGAAGAGGUUAGGGAAACAUACAAUAUCGCUCAAGUGCGGAUACAUGUCGAACGAAUGAUUCAAAGGAUUAAAAUAUAUAAUAUCUUGAACAAUAAGGUACCAAUUGAGCUUAUCCCAUGCAUGAACGACGUCUUUCAUGUCUGCUGUGUGCUAGCUAACCUCCAGCUCCCAAUAAUUAAGCGCAAAGAACAGCCACAGUCAUCUGUCAUGGCUGCAUCAUGAACCAUCAAACUC